UCUCUCUCUCUCUCUGCUCCCUCUUUGCUCCCUCUCUCUCUCUCUUUCCACCGUGCUGGCCGGAGGAUCAUGUGUCUGUGCAGAGCGUGUGCAUGAGUUGCUCCAGUUGGCUUUCUUUGCAUGGUUUUUAUGCGAAAAGUUGUUCAUGCACUGAAAGUUUCCAGCCACGUGCACUGCUGAGGUCUACAAGGAGCUCGGUAACAGAGAAGGAACCGGAAGGAACUGACCGUCUGCACCGACCAGCCGAUGUUGCUGUAGGAUCAGUUUGUCUUGAGCUGUAAGGAUAUCACGCAAGAGUCUGAGCCAUGGACACGGUCAUUCACUUCAUGAAUGACUCUGCAGAGUUUUACAAAUGGAGCCUUACCAUAGCAGACAAGCGGGUGGAGCAAUGGCCAAUGAUGUCAUCACCGCUACCUACCUUGGGCAUCAGCGCCCUGUACCUCCUCUUCCUGUGGGCGGGGCCUCGGUACAUGCAGAACCGUGAACCAUUCCAGUUGCGCAAAACCCUCAUCAUCUACAACUUCAGCAUGGUGCUCCUCAACUUCUACAUCUGCAAAGAGCUGCUGCUGGGUUCCAGAGCAGCUGGGUACAGCUACCUCUGCCAGCCUGUUAACUAUUCCAACGAUGUCAAUGAAGUCAGGAUAGCAUCUGCUCUGUGGUGGUACUACAUCUCUAAGGGAGUCGAGUUUCUGGACACUGUGUUCUUCAUCAUGAGAAAGAAGUUUAACCAGGUCAGCUUCCUGCACGUCUACCACCACUGCACCAUGUUCAUCCUGUGGUGGAUCGGCAUCAAGUGGGUCCCUGGCGGCCAGUCAUUCUUCGGAGCAACUAUAAACUCAGGUAUCCAUGUGCUGAUGUAUGGCUACUAUGGCCUGGCUGCCUUCGGCCCCCACAUGCAGAAGUACCUGUGGUGGAAAAAGUACCUGACCAUCAUUCAAAUGAUCCAGUUCCACGUCACCAUCGGUCACGCCACUCACUCUCUCUACACAGAGUGCCCCUUCCCUGCCUGGAUGCAGUGGGCACUCAUCUGCUACGCCGUCACCUUCAUCAUCCUCUUCGCCAACUUCUACUACCAGACCUACCGCCAGCAGCCGCGACACAAAUCGGCCAAGGGUGCGGCCAACGGCAUAGCCACAGCAACCAACGGAUCUGCCAAGACCCCUGAGCACACGGAGGAGAACGGCAAGAAGCACAAGAAAGGAAAAAAGAGAGAUUAAAGAGAGGAGAGGAAAGGAGGGAGGAGGAGAGGAGGAGUGAAGAGAAGUUGCAUUCGGAGAGUAAACGUCUUGGGGACCACCGAAAUGGGAUUAGAUGAUUUUUGAUUGGCUGAAAAAGGUGAUGCAUUGAAUUUACUUGAAUUCACAUGAAUGUAUUACACUUACACAAGUAUUGCGACAAAUAAGGCGAUAAUUGUGUUGGUGUAAUAUUUUUUAUUUAUGUGGAAUUAUACACAUUUUAAACAAGUAAAUUCAAAACACUUUUUUCAAUGCAUACUACUUUCAGUGUGCAAACUCAAUAAAUAAGGAACACAGGGACUGAUGCUAGGUGUCCAAAGGUUGGAAGAAGGGUCAUGCUCAGAUUUUGCGGGAAGUCGAUGCCACUUCUUCAGUUGCUUCCAGCACAACUGAACAUUUCUUAGCUUCCUCGUCGACACACUGUUUCUGUCAAAUAUUCAUGUCGUAACAGCUUCUGUCUGGCUCUCUGUCUUUCGUGGUGCACUGUACCACAGCAGUGAGCAGCGUAAACUUGAAGAGGGAUAAUGAGAGUUUGGGGGAGCAGGGGUGGUGCCGGGUCAGGUGGGGGGGAGGGAGGGAAUUAUGUAUGUUUUUGUUUUUCAGAAAAAGUGAGGUAGGGUUUGAAAGUCAGCAGCAGCUUCUUACAAAAAGAAAACUGCAGAGGAGAGGAGCGCCUGGCUUGCAUGCUCUCUUUCAGCAGUGAAAGCGAUAGUUUAGUGAAAAAUCUAAUUUACUCAACAUAAUCCAUCAGCCAAGACAUGUUUCAUGUCUGAAGUUUGUUUGUUUCAUUUUACACUGGACUUAUGAGGCUAAUGGGGAUACCAAGUAAUGACAACCACAACUUGAGGCAAAAUCAGGGCUAUAAUUGCCCUGAAGCUCCAGCGCAAAUCAAAAGAAGCCUACUUCUGACACCAAUGUAUCCUCAGUGAUCGAAUACAUUUAAGUAAGGAGGAACAGCUGUUGAUUUUUCUAAACUUUUGCUUUAAUGAAUUUUGAAUAUGGCAGCAUAACAACACCACAAACUGGUUAAUAAUCUGCCAUUCUCGAUUUAUUUAAGCCACAGACCAAAAGGGUCAUUCUGGGUGAGAAACAUCCAGAAAUGUACCAAAAAGAGCAUUUGACUUUGCGGCCUAGUUCCUGUGUAUAAGCUGAGCUGAUGUAUGGUUGUGCAAGCAUGCUGUUCUACAGACAUGCUGACGUAUAUGUAUGCUACAUACUUACCUCAUGUACGAUGAAGUGUAUUGAUGUGUAAUUACCUGCAGUGAGAUAAUAUGAUUACACAUAAAAAUGCAAUUUUAGCUCUAGUUGCUAAAAACAGUGCAGUCCUUAAGAAACUUAACAUUGAUAUGAUUUCUGUUGUUUUACUCUCUUCGAUUUGAAAUUGAACAAUGACUGUGAGAUCUUUGAUUUGAGGUUAUUUGCAUCUGUGUUGGUUGAAUCAUAUAGGAAUCACUACAUAAAGGAACAUGCAAUAUUGACCAAUGACAAUGACCUCUCAUAUGAGCUGCUUUAACAAUAUUGACCACUCAUAUGAACUGUUUUAACAAUGUUGACCCCUCAUGUGAGGUGCUUUAACAACACUGACCACUCACAUGAGCUGCUUUAACAACAAUUUUAACAACAACUGCUUUAACAAUGCUGACCACUUGUAUGAAUUGCUUCAUUAUGACACACUUAAUGUGUUUGCUUCAUCUCUGAUUAUUUUAUUGCUCCCAAGAUGAACUGCUUCAAUGACACUGACCACUCGUAUGCAAAUGUCCCUUCACGAGCCUCGUGACAGCAUGAGCACGACAGCGUCUGUUAUGUGGAGCGGAGCAGCGAGAAAGUUCCUCCUUUUUCCAGACAGUCACAUCAGUCAACCUGCUCAACGAAAACAUCAUUUGUAAAAGUGCACGAUAUAUUUGUUUAUCCUCGACAGUAUUCUGACCUCUGACUAGACAAAAUUUCAAGGCUUUCAAACAAACUGGGAAAUCUGUUUACAGCACAGAAUGUUUAACCAGUAUUUCGGCAUGAAUUUCUUAGGUUUUUAUACGGUCUUCUGUGUAAUUUUCAGUGAUUUCCAUGGCUUAUAUAAGUGCAAUAUGCUGCAUGGUGCAUGAAAAAGUCGGUGUCGGGUCUAUGCUCUAAACACCGCACCGCUUCAGUGCAGCAUCUGGGAUGUUCUGCCGCUUCGCACGUGCAGCCUGUCUGGAAACGAUGAGCAGUGAAAUGAAAAUGAACAGCAAGACUUGCCAUGUCGCUCACGCCCGUCAGAUGCAGGCCUAACUCUUCUGGUUUCCUUCUAAGCUCUUGUUUUACAGGCCUGGCAGAACAUCACCCAAAAAGAUACCCAGAUUGCAUGCAGCCAUCAAACUGCAGAUCUUCUGUACUAACCAUAGCUCUAUAUACGGUUAUGUUCCUUUACUCUGAGGGCUGUGAUUUCUAUACGGUUCAUCCAAUAUCCUUCCACUUACCCUCAAAUGAAAGCUGACAGUCAUUUCAAAUCUAAUAUGCUGAGGUACACAAAUUGUGCCACAGCCCAAAUUACUACACACAGCACGGACUUGGUCCUGACUGAAAGCAUUGCUCUAACGGAUGGGCACACUGUGACCCUACAGCACGGUCCAACUACCUUAAUUCAAGUCCAAUACAGACACACACUGCAUGUCUUUUAAAGCAUAUUCCUGUGCAUGUGCUACUGGAACGUCACGUGUGUGCUGUCCCUGUAUUCGUCUGUACAUGUAAGAGAGCGAAUUUGGGUUCAGCCCAGUUAUCCGUGUCUGACAGUUGCCUUGACCUAUUUGAGUUGCCCACAGUUGCACGAAUGACACCGACCUGAUUACAGACAACUCAAAUAAGCGAAGGCCGUCUCUUUUCCUUAAAGCGUUUGCCAGUCUGGUUUUACAGUGUUCGGAAGACUCUACCUUGCCAUGUCAGUUUCAUUUGUUGUAACAACAGUAAAAAGCCUCUUUUAUAAAGAAUGCACCCCCCCACCCUCACCCCCACCCCCACCCACCCCAUCACAUGUGAAACAGCUGUAUGUAGCACGAUAGCUUAGCUUAGCUUAGCUUAGCUAGCCAGAAGAGAUAGCAAAGCUGUCACAAUCAGAACCCUUUUAUGACCAUUUCCACAGAUUAUUUUUGCAAUCUGUUAUUUGUUUCGGUGCGUGUUUGCUGACGGGUUCGUAUAGACGUUGUUGACAAAGAGGCGAAGAGUGACAAACGGCUAAAUGUGUUAGCUAACCAAGCUUUUUUAAAAAGCAUCCUGUCUCUGGUACUGCUGGAAAUACUGCCUGCUGAUCUGAAUAAAUGGGAUGCCAGUGACAUUUAA